AUGCCCGUGCCGGGAGCUCUCCGGGACGCCCUGCGCCAUGGCGCUCAGGCAGCCAAGGCGUCGAACUGGCAGCUGUGUCUCUCUCUGUGGCAGCAGGCCCCAACGGUUAAGGCCGCGACGACGGCCCUCAGCGCGUGCGGUCGCGCGAGGCACUGGAGGCGCAGCUUGGCGAUCUACCAGCGCCUGGCCGCGACGCAGCGGCGGCAGCUUCAUAUUGAUCCUGUGCCGCUGAAUGCGCUGUGCGCGGCCUUGGCGCAUGCCGUUCAGUGGGCCCGGGCUCUGGAUGCCCUGGGCAGCUCCAGUGAUCCAUGGCGCCACAAUGCGGUGGUGGCCGCAUGUGGGAAAGCCUCGCAGUGGAGGCUAGCACUGGACUUGUUCGCGGACAUGAGGAUGCGCCGGCUGGCAGACGCGACCAGCCUGAAUUCUGCCGUCAGCGCUUGCCAAAAGGCCACCCAGUGGCAGGGAGCCCUCGCGCUCUGCGUCCAGUCCCCCAACCUCCUCAGCGCAUCGGCAGCUGUGGCCGCCUGCGCUGAUGCGGCCGCCUGGCGGGCCGCCCUGGCCCUCUUGGCCCAGAUGCACAACAACGACUCCUGGCCGCAGCCCAACGCCGUCAGCGUCAGUGCAGCACUGGCGGCCCUUGGCCGAAGCACGCGCUGGGCCAGAGCUUUGCAGCUCAUGUGUGCUUUGGAAACCGUCUCCCCACCUUCAAUGUCGUGCUUCGGCGCAGCUGCCGCCGCCUGCGAACAGGGUGCGGCCUGGCAACCUGCGCUGUGGCUGCUCACCCAGCUGUCGCCGCUUCUGCCGGACGCCUCCUUGCUGAACGCCAUCCUCGGAGCUUGCG